CCUGGACUCUUGCGAUAAGAUAGAGAGGAGGGGGCCCUGGUAACCUGGUGAGUACAUGACGGUAUUCGUAUUUUUAUUGACUCCAUGUAGAUAGCUGUUCACGCUCUUACGCAUAGCUUGCUACAGAUCGUGUGCUCAUUUUCUUGUCCCUCCGGAUGAUAGCGAAGCUAUGAAGCAUAACCUACAUUGAGCUCCGAUAACGGUUCGUGCUUGCCUACUAGUCAAUCCCCCACACAAUUCUUUGGUCCUGCAGAGAAAGGCACUCGCUGCAAAUGUCGAGGGCUUCUGUCGUGCUUUCGAGGGCUCAACUCUUCUCUCUGGAACUUGCUACAGCUUGCAGAUCGAUAUCGCCGAGUACAACACCACGUCACACGUCGGCAUCACACCGACGUAUCACACCAGCCUGUUCUUCCUGUCUUGCAACCUGGUACCCUUCGAGUCGCCGCAACAUGUCGUCGUCACCAGGCCUGCGCAGUUUAAAUAUCAACAAUAUCAAUCCACAUGUGAAGGCGGCCCAGUACGCUGUUCGAGGAGAGCUUGCAAUCAAAUCAGAAGAACUACGCAUAAAACUGAAGGAAGAUGCAUCUCUACCCUUCGACUCUGUCAUAUCUGCGAACAUUGGCAACCCUCAACAACUUGACCAGAAGCCUCUCACGUUCAUCAGGGAAGUGCUUGCCCUAGUGGAAUACCCGAAACUGUUGGAAAAUGAAGAAGCACUGAAGUCAAGUUUCGGCUACCAACAAGACGCAAUAGACCGUGCCAAGUGGCUACUGAAAGAGGUGGGUUCAGUAGGAGCAUAUUCCCAGUCUAUGGGCGCCGCAGGAAUACGCCAGUCUGUGGCCAACUUCCUUGAGAAGCGUGACGGUUUCGCGGCAGACAAGAAGGAUAUAUACUUGACUGCUGGCGCCUCGGCAGGCGUACACACCCUGCUACAUGUGAUCUGUGCGAAACCCGAGACUGGCAUUCUCACACCUAUACCACAAUAUCCUCUCUACACUGCCACAUUAUCAAUGCUGGAUGCUCGUUGCGUCCCUUACUACCUGGACGAGACCCAUGGUUGGGACACCAGUGUCUCUGGCAUGAGAGAAGCGUAUGAAAAAGCGACCAGUGACGGUACAGAUGUUCGUGCUCUUGUUGUCAUCAACCCGGGAAACCCUACAGGAGCUUCACUGUCAGAACAGGACAUUGAAGAGGUCAUCAAGUUCGCUGCUGAGAGGAAGCUAGUGAUAUUGGCGGAUGAGGUCUAUCAGACAAACGUCUUCAUUGGAAAGUUCCACUCUUUCAAGCGUGCCUUGCGGGUGAUGCAGCGAAGGGACCCUGGCGUUUAUGACCACGUCGAGCUGGCCUCUCUUAACUCGGUCUCGAAAGGUAUGGUCGGUGAAUGUGGCCAUCGUGCAGGCUAUUUUGAGCUGGUAGGAUGGGAUGCAGAGGUCCAGGAUCAGAUCUACAAGCUCGCCAGCAUCAUGCUCUGCCCGCCCGUAAUAGGGCAAUGUCUGCUGGAGAUGGUGGUCAACCCACCAAAAGAAGGCGACCCUAGCUAUGAAAAGUACCACAAGGAGUACAACACGAUCAAAGAUGGUCUGCUAGAGAGGGCGACUGCACUGUAUGAGGCCUUUGAACAAAUGGAAGGUGUUGAGGUCGGUGAGCCACAGGGCUCAAUGUAUCUCUUCCCUACGUUGCACCUCCCAGAGAAAGCGCAGAAGGCGGCGAAAGAGGCUGGUAAGAACCCAGACGACUUCUACUGCCUUCGCCUCCUCGAUGCGACAGGUAUCUGUGUCGUGCCAGGAUCCGGUUUCGGUCAAAAGCCAGGAACGCUACAUUUGCGGACAACGUUCCUCGCUCCGGGAACAGACUGGGUAACUCGGUGGACAAAGUUUCACAAAGAUUUUAUGAAGGAAUACAGCUAGGUCAGAGCAUUUGAUGGUGGUUUGCAAUGGCUAGCUCGCAAGCAUCUGAAGUAUAUCUUAUGUGCAGGCUACGUGGAUCAUCUUGGUCACAGUCCAGAAUCAAGAGGAGGCAGAUUUAUGGUAAAACUGACGUUAAGGAUAUCUCACAAACUGAGGCGCGCCGGAAAUCGAUAUGUUCCCUUGGUGAUGAAGAGCCUUUUGCACAUGUUCUACUGUAACCUCGUCAAAUGCAGGCCAAUCGCUACCGAUGCAGAGUAAGCCAGAAAUUGGCUUAUAUAAGACGUGGCCCCUGGGUCCCACAGCCCUGUUCGAUUUGAACCUUCAUCUGGAAAGGUAUCCGUAUCUAG